AUGUUGGCUGCUAAGAGCUUGGAUAACAUAGUGAAAAGUGGCCAAAGAAUUGCAAAACUGGAAGUCAUAAUGAGCUCGAAGCACCCCAAGUUCCACAUACCUGAUGAUCCCAAGGGAAAAAAGGAAAAUUUAAACUCUGAGAGGCCUACUAGGGUCUUAACAGAGACCAGCCACUCACAAGGAGAGAAUCAAUCUUUGGGUAAGACCACAGGGUCACCAACAAUUAAGUUGAUUGAAAAACAUCAGGGAACUAAGACCCUUUUCAAGAAGCUCAAUGAAAUGAAUUGGCCAUUGGACAUUCGCCCUUUAAACAAAAGUUUAGUCAAAGACAACAGAUGGAAGAAAACUGAUGAGACCCAAGAGAAACGCAGGUCUUUCCUACAGGAGUUUUGCAAGAAAUACGGGGGAGUGAGUCAUCCUCAAUCACAUCUUUUUCAUAUGGUAUCCAGGAUCUAUGUAGAAGAUAAGCACAGAAUCUUAUAUUGCGAAGUACCCAAGGCUGGCUGUUCCAACUGGAAAAGAAUUCUGAUGGUACUAAAUGGAUUGGCUCCCUCUACAUACAACAUCUCCCAUGAUGCUGUUCACUAUGGGAAGCAUUUGAAAAAGCUAGAUAGCUUCGACUUAAAAGGGAUAUAUACUCGUUUGAAUACCUACACCAAAGCUGUGUUUGUUCGUGAUCCCAUGGAAAGAUUAGUGUCAGCAUUUAGGGACAAAUUUGAACACCCCAAUAGUUAUUACCAUCCAGUAUUCGGGAAGGCAAUUAUAAAGAAAUAUAGACCAAAUGCCUGUGAAGAAGCGUUAAAUAAUGGAUCUGGAGUCAAAUUCAAAGAGUUUGUCCACUACUUGCUGGAUUCCCACCGUCCAGUAGGAAUGGACAUUCACUGGGAAAAGGUCAGCAAACUCUGCUAUCCGUGUUUGAUCAACUAUGAUUUUGUAGGGAAAUUUGAAACUUUGGAAGAAGACGCCAAUUACUUUUUACAGCUGAUUGGUGCUCCAAAAGAGCUGAAAUUUCCAAACUUUAAGGAUAGGCACUCUUCUGAUGAAAGAACCAAUGCUCAGGUCGUGAGACAGUAUUUAAAGGAUCUGACUAGAACUGAGAGACAAUUAAUCUAUGACUUUUAUUACUUGGACUAUUUGAUGUUUAAUUAUACAACUCCAUUUUCAUAGUUUGCAUUUAUUUUCUAAAACCCUAUGUUUACUUUAUGAUGAUGGCCUCGAAUCAGCUAACUGUAACUUUCCUAUAAUUCUCUGUAUGAGAGAAAUUUAACUAAGUGCAGUUGUCUUGAUGUAAUGAAGAUUUUUGCCAAAUAGUAAGACAGCAAUUGGCACAAAGUUAUAGGAAAAUUACCUAACAGAGUCAUGUAAACAACUUGAGUUGCUCUAAAAUCUUUGGAACAGAGCUGCUUUUGCAUUAUGGAUUAUAUUAUAGAAGCAAUAACCUAGCCAGCUGCUACAUUAGCUACAACAGCCUCUUGCAAUGGUAGGAGAAGGGUAAAAUAGCAUGAGGGUAUGUCUACAUUCUGGAAUUUGUUGUCUAAAGUGCAUGGAUAUAUUUUUAGCAGUCUGUGGCGUAUUAAUCAAACAUUGGAUAGUUUUCUUAAACCCUGGAAAUCUUUCUACCAACUGUAAUGAUAAAUCAGUUUUGAAAUGAUAUUUUGGACCUAGGCAUUUUACUUUAGAUUGGAAGACAUUAUGUGAUUUACAAUAUGAGAAUAUAGCAGAAAAACCGGAUGAGGCUAUGGCCUUUUAUAUUCAACAGCCAAUAAAAAAUGCACAACAUGCUAAGAUCAAAGCAACAAAAGCAACCUUCCUCUUCCAGAAAAACAUAAGGGAAUUGAUUCUGCUUUCUUUUGAGCCUUCUAUGCAGAGCCAAAUGAACACCACCACUAAAGGUCUUCGCUUCUGAAGCAGGCGGUUAAGAAGUUUAAGCCUCAUCAGAUAUAAAUGUGCUCCUAAUUCUGGUUUAAUUGGGCAGGGGGGAAAUUGUUUCAGGAUGGAAUAAUCAUCAAAAACAAAAGUUGCCACUCUGAAUAUAGACCUCAAACAAUAACAAAGUUUUAUAAGAAUAUUAUUUGAAUCAAAGCAUCAUGUGCAUAGCUUUGUAUGUGGAAUAUUAUCUAAGAAUAGCUUGUUUUCAGUCUAAUUAUUCAGCUUGGGAAUGACUUUUUAAAAACUAAUACACCACUUCAAAGACAGGUUAUGUUCUAGAGAAUAAACUUAACAAGAGCCCCUAAGAAACAU